AGAGGAGGCAGGUGGGCCGGGUGGAGGCCGCCGGAACCCGCCCGCCCUCACAGAGCUGGGGGCCCGCAGUCUGCUGCUGGAGCAGGAUGAACGCCAAGGCAGGAGCCCCAGGGAAGUGACUCCGGGACUCGGCACACAUGUGGCUGAAAGAAGGAACCGAGAUUCAGACACCGACACCCCCUGAGAGGGAAACAGAGGGGAAAACAGCCCGAGGGCCGGGUCCCAGGCGCAGACGGACACGCGCACGCGCCUGCUCUUCAGCCUCCGCACAGAGACCACCACCUGAAGGCCAGGCCCCCCAGGGGGAGGGCAGCGGGGCGCCGCCUUGGGCAGGAAGGGGGAGGCCUCUGUGGGGGCCCCAGCUGCCCGGGCACCGCGGGGCCAUUCCAGGCGGGGCUGGAGCUCCCGGUGACACCACAGCCCAUGGGACGGAGGCCAGUGCGGUGGAACUGGGGGCCCAGGGGAGGGGGCCCUGAAGCCCGGCCGAGCCCCGGGCCAGACCAGCAGGGGGCUCUGCACCUGCGCGCCUCCCUGUCUCCGGGGGGGGGGGGGGGCCUGGGGGACAGCAUGGGGUCACAGAGCACGCCCCAGGCCCCCUGAUCCCCGGCACAGUGGGCUUGGGCCCUGCUCACUGCCACCCUCGCCAACCCCUUGCCUGUUGGUCCCCACCCCGCCGCAGGCCUGGUCCUCUCGGGGGGCCCCGGAGGGGCCACGUCAGCCCAGGCCAUCUUGGGACCCCACAGUGAUGCCCUUCUCCCCUUCAGGUUCCGGGAGCGCUGGCUGUGCUGUGGCUCGGUGCCAUGACCCUGGUCUACCUCCUGUGGCAAGGGCACCUGUCCCCCACCUGGGGCCAGCUGCACCCCGAGGAAGGGCCCACCAGGCCCCGGGGCCACGGCUCCAGCCCGGCCCAGGAGCCCCUGCCAGGGGGGCCUCGGCAGCAGCAGCAGGACUCCUGCCGGCUUGUCCUUGUGGAAAGCAUCCCGCAGGACCUGCCCUCCGCGGCCGGCAGCCUGUCUGCCCAGCCCCUCGCCCAGGCCUGGUCGCAGCUGCUGGACGCCGCCCAGGAGAGCAUCCACGUGGCCUCCUUCUACUGGUCCCUCACGGGGCCUGACAUCGGGGUCAACGACUCGUCUUCCCGGCCGGGAGAGGCCCUUCUGAGCAAGCUGCAGCAGCGGCUGGCCAGGAACGUCUCCCUGGCCGUGGCCACCAGCAGCCCGUCGCUGGCAAGGAAGUCCACUGACCUGCGGGUGCUGGCAGCCCAAGUGGAGGCGCUGAUGGCAUCGGCUGAGGACCGAUGUGAGGGUCCACACGUCGACCCGACGUACAGGGCUGAGAGCCAGCCUCGCCACAGCGCCCCGAACUCUCGGCCAGGUGCCCAGGUGCGGUACGUGCCCCUGCGGAAGCUCACCGGCGGCGUCUUGCAUUCCAAAUUCUGGGUCGUGGACGCACGGCACGUCUACUUGGGCAGUGCCAACAUGGACUGGCGCUCCCUGACACAGGUGAAGGAGCUCGGCGUCAUCAUCUACAACUGCAGCCGCCUGGCCCGGGACCUGGAGAAGACCUUCCAGACCUACUGGGUGCUGGGGGCGCCGAAGGCCGUCCUCCCCAGAGCCUGGCCUCGGAACCUCUCGUCCCACAUCAACCGCUUCCAGCCCCUCCGGGACCGCUUUGAGGGGGUGCCCACCACUGCCUACUUCUCGGCAUCGCCUCCUCCGCUCUGCCCGCACGGCCGCACCGGGGACCUGGAGGCGCUGCUGGCGGUGAUGGGGGGCGCCCAGGAGUUCAUCUACGCCUCCGUGAUGGAGUACUUUCCCACCACGCGCUUCAGCCGCCCUGCCAGGUACUGGCCGGUGCUGGACACCGCGCUGCGGACAGCGGCCUUCAACAGGGGCGUGCGCGUGCGUCUGCUGGUCAGCUGCUGGCUGCACACAGACCCCAGGAUGUUCCCCGGCCUGCGGUCCCUGCAGGCUCUCAGCGACCCCGAGGCCGGCGUCUCCGUGGACGUGAAAGUCUUCAUUGUGCCUGUGAGGAACCACUCCAACAUCCCGUUCAGCAGGGUGAACCACAGCAAGUUCAUGGUCACAGAGAAGGCGGCCUACAUAGGCACCUCCAACUGGUCGGAAGAUUACUUCAGCAGCACCUCAGGGGUAGGCCUGGUGGUCAGCCAGAGGGCCUCCCGCGCUCGGCCGGGGGUGCCCACCGUGCAGGAGCAGUUACGGCACCUAUUCGAACGGGACUGGGAUUCCCCCUAUGCCGUGGGCCUGGACGGACAAGCCCAGGGUCAGGACUGCGCUUGGCAGGGUUGAGGUCCAGCCACACCUGAUUCCCUGGCCCCAUGGCUCCCGGUGGCCUGUCCCCACCCUCACAAGCCCUGCUCAGGGCCAGGACUUCCCAACUCCUGGCAGGUGCAAACUGUUUGCCAGCCCUCAGCUCUCUGAACCAUCCCCUCGUAAACCUCACCUCCUGCAGAGAGCCCUCCGGGAUGCGCCCCCCUGAUCUGAGAGCCACAGUCCCCACCCACAAGGGGGGUUGCUUCAGAGGCCCCCUGCACCUCCCUGCCUCUCUGUGUGAGUCCCACAUGGGCUGCACCCCCUCCUGCUGCUCCCAGGUCGGAGUUCAGCACCCCCGGCCCUGUGAGGGUCCACACGGCUGCCGGGUGAAGCUGCUGUCUGCCCGUGUGCCAUGAGAGCCGCUGACUCUCGCUGCCGUCCGGUCCCUGCCCACAGGAACCAGGGGACGGGGCAGAGGCAGGUGCCUGGACAGGGGGACCCAGGACUGUGAGGGCGGGUCUCGGAGAGGCGAGGUGGGCGCCUGGGCCCGUGGGGUGGUCCUGGUGCGUAGGGGGUCCAGGACUCCGGGCAGCGUCCAGAGAACCUGGUUUUGAGCAGGGGGCGGGGGCAGGGUGGGGACCUGGAUACACGCGGGCUGGAGCCCCCUGUCCUGGGAGCUGCCCUGCAGAGCGGAGGCCGACACUGCAGAGGCAGGGUCUGAAUCCCGUCGGACACCUCCCUCGGCUCCCAGCCUCCUGCUGGACCAGAGGCCUGUCUCCAGGCACCCCGGCCUCCGUCACCUCCUGGCUUCUGGCCAAGGCUUUGGAGCCCACCUGGCCCAUGGAGACCCUGUGGCUGCCCUAGGCUGGCGCUUGGGGCUGGCUCAGUGGUCCAAGGGACCUAAGGGAGUGGAUAGCAGAUCCUCCUCUCCCCACAUCUUGGGGCUCCUCCUCCCUGCCUCGCCCGGUCCCCUCUGCCCUGGAGAGAGCCAGAUGGGCUGGGGUGGGGCACCUUAUGCAUCCGUGUCCUCGUUGGUGAAGAGGGUCCCCCAACCCAGCCCGCCUCCCCGCCCAGCCCCGCACGGGUCCGGAGGGGGUGCCUGGGGGCCACGUGGCCCUGCAAGGCGUCCAGGGCCUCUGGGAGCUGGUCUGCGUGUGGGCCGCACUUGACCCAGCCAAGCCCCAGCGGCUGCCCAGCCUCCCACCCCGGGCUCACGUGCCGCACGGCAGCUCCCCUCGGGAGCAGACACCAUCCGAGACCCGCUCUGCUCUCCACGGCUGCCGGUGUGGGUUUGCCCUCUGCUUCCUGUGUGUCUCAGAGCGCGUGGCCUGUCCCCAGGCUCUGUGCCCCAGGCCACGCUGGGAUGACGGGUCCAGGGGCCCGGUGGCCAUCAGCCAGCGGAAGUGGUGGUCACACCUCGGUGGCAGGCUUGAAGGCCUGCGCCAAAGCAGACCCCACGGGAGACCCAGCUUGACGAGCCUCAAGAGACGCCCCGGGGGGCCUUGAUGCGGCUGCUUCUGGGGGGGGGCGGUGGACACACUCUAAAAUGUCCCCCACGUCCCCACCUCCCGGAACCCACAAUCCCGUGUGAUCCCCUCCGCUUGGGGGUGAGGAACCUUGCCUUCGCCUGUAGCCAAUAGAAUGUGCGGCGGUGACCGUGCGACGCAAGCUUG